AUGGCGAACACGAACGUCGUCAGGAUCGGCGUCUUUGUGCCGGGAGAGGUCCAACUCCUCGACCUGUCCUGCAUCGACAUCUUCCACAUGAUGUCCAGGGAGUACCUCGGCCUGGAGUCGAUGGACCUCCUGCCGAAGCACCUGCGGGACCUGGCGCCCAGCGUGGAGAUUUCGUACAUCACCUCCGCGGCCUAUUCUCCGUCCGCCUCUGAGACAAAGUUGCUCCCCAUUACGUCGAAUCUGCGGAUCGCGCCGACGCACGACAUUGCCCAUCCGGACGUGCAGCCCGGCCGACUCGACAUCUUGCUCGUUCCCGGGCCGGAUCCGGGGGGCAAGUGGGAGGAGGACGUGCUGGGGUUCCUGAGGGCUCACGCGGAGAGGGAGGAGACGGAUGUACUGAGCGUGUGUGGGAUCACGAAUGGGAACGACCUCGUCGCGGCAUAUGCGAGGAGGAACAGCAAGCACUUCCCGGGGCCGGUGGCUGAGAUUGCGUGUUCGAUGGCGGAUGUUGGUGAUCGCGGGCAGUUCUAUGGGGAGGGGCAGACGGUGUACUUUUUGGGUGUUGUGUGGCAGGUUGUCAAGGCUUGGUUCGUGAGGCCAGGCAAGGCGAAGGGCGUCUGA